ACCCACAGCAGGAGAAGAGCUUCCAUAAGUGGAUCAUCGGGAAGAUCAACAACAAGAGAAACUGGAACGUCUAUACUGGGACACACUGUGUGGCAUGGUUCUUUCAGUUGCACACAGUCCAGACUUUGCUUUGGGAUUCAAUAUCAUAUUGAUGCCGCUUUGCACAUGCUACGUCGCCGGCGCCACUUUUAUCAUGCUGCAUUUCAGCUGGAUGCUGCGAUCAUGAACACCACCUUCCCCCAGGCGUGCCUAGGUCGUUGGAAUCAUUUCAUAGAGACCGUCACUAAGUAUACAUGGGACGACAAUGUGCUAAAAAUGUUGAAGGGCGAUGAUAAUCAAUUCCUUGUAUCAUGGCAAAAUGUGAGUGAAGUAUAUUUUGCAUUGCACGUCGAGAAAGCCACACAUUGGAUCGCCAUUGAAGUCUCCAUUCCAACGUGGUGCAUAAACAUUUAUGAUUUUAACCAUAGCGUGCUCAGUCCCACUCUGAUGGAGGAAGCGAUAAAGCCCUGGUGCUUAUUGUUGCCUUCGUUGUUAUGGUGUUUUGGCAUGUUUGACGACCAUGAGGACCUCCAGGUAUCUCCUGAGCAGAAUGCAAAGCCUUUUUCAUAUUGUCGUAUUCCUCCAAAGGAGUGUCCUCAGACUAAGAUAAGUGGGGAUUGUGGUAUGUUUGCCAUCAAACAUAUUGAGCAUUUGGUUGUCAGGCUACCACUCAAUACCGUUAUCGAUGAGAACAUCCAGCAUUUCAGGACCAGGUGGUGUGUGGACCUAUUCUAUCAGAAUUUUUCCCCGUGAUGCUCUUUACAUUUUCUUCAUACACAUCUUGUAUAGUAUAGCAUAUAGUUAGUUUUGUAUAUUAUUUUUUAUCAAACAAUAUUUUUUGAAAAAGUUAUUAAAUAAAAAAGUACUAAAUUCACAUAAUGUGUCUGCCUCGACAUCCAAACCAACAAAGUAUUAGAAGAAGUACUCCAUAUAAUAAAUGCAGCAAAAUCAAUUAAAUAAUUACAUAACACAAUAUUUUAAAUCCUAGCCUUACAUGAC